AUGUCACUCGGAAUACAAAGACACUUACGACAACGACGACAGUAUGGUUCAACUAGAUUAUUUGACAAACAGAUAUAUGCAGACCAAUACAUUAUGUCAAAUUUGACAUUGGAGAGGGAAUUACCUGGACACACUGGGUGUGUCAACACAUUAGAUUGGUCAUCAGCAGGCGAUAAAUUAUUGACUGGAUCUGACGAUACAAAACUUAACGUCUACCUAACUUUUGAGAACUACGAAUUACAGACAACCAUUGAUACAGGACACCGAGCAAACAUCUUUACAGCUAAAUUCAUGCCACAAACAUCAGACAAUAUCAUCGUUUCGGGUGCUGGUGAUUCAGAGAUCCGUAUAUUUGACUUGACGAAUCCUGAGAAGCAGCUCGAUUCCAUGUAUGUGUGUCAUAGCGAUCAACUAAAGAGGAUUUGUGUGUUCGAGGACAACCCGUAUGAAUUUAUGUCCUGUUCGCAAGAUGGCACUGUUAGACAUUUCGAUAGACGAACACCGCAUCUGUGCUCGCCGCACAAUGUAAGAUCGUUUAUUACAGCGCAAAGCAAGCCAGCUCGACAGCACCCACUUCCUGACAGUAAAGAUGCUCGCCGUGGCUGCCCAAGUCCAAUAGUCAACUAUGGUCGAUACAACAUUGAAUUGAACAGCAUGACGAUUAGUAAACUGUUUCCGCACUAUUUUGCUGUGGCUGGCAUGAACGAUUACAUCUAUUUGCACGACAGGCGAAUGACGAACAGCAGUAAUGUGUCUUUCUCUACCAGCAGCAGCAGCAGCCACCAGAUGAUGGACAAACUGAAAUGCAUCAAGCGGUUCUCGCCUACCAUUGAUGGAUUGAAUCGACCCGACAAGCAUAUCACAGCAUGCAAGUUUAGCGAUACCAAUGGAUACGAACUGUUAGGCAGCUGGUCAUCCGACGGCAUUUAUCUGUUCAACAUCAAUGACGAUACCAUUCAAUCUUCCAUUUCAACCAAUACUUCCACCAGCCACACUAGAAAUAAAACAGCAUCUGACAAUUCGCCUUCUUCGGAUGCUGUUGAUCUACUACAGCAAAAGAAGGAAGCCUGGGAGAAUAUUGUCUCGUUUAUGGAAUCUGGCCUGGCAUCAAGCGCAGUAGAUAGCCUUUAUGAUCUCUUACAAGAGAAACACCCCAGCAUCAUGGAUUUGGAUGGUCGUAUUGGCGUAGCAUGUGUUUAUAUGAUGGAAGCGCAUCUUGUGUGCAAGCUGAGAACAAGGAGAGACACUUGGUAUACAAACGAGGUGGAAGAUCCAGAGGCGGCUUGGUCGAGGUACUUUUUCGCACAUGAAUUGACACAGAUUCAGAAAAAGAUGGAAGACGCAGAGGCACUAGUUUUACCAACAAAGACAUGGCAAGCCUAUUGGUGCUUGGCUAUAGGCUACUGGACCUUACGAGGUGGACAUGAGACGAUUGCAAAUCAUAAUAGACAAGCAGUAUUGGAUAAAGCGCUGGAUUAUGCCAACAAGGCAAUGGACACAUUUAAACAAGCAGCAGAAGUGGCCAGCUCCUCCUCUUCUUCUUCAUCUACUACGAUGGCGGAUACUUCCAACCUUUCUCAGAUAGAUGGCACUUAUUUGGCAAUGAUGCAGCUUUUCAUUAUUGAUUGGCAGCAUGCUGCUGUUCGUGAAGGCGCUUUAACUAAUGAAGAGAUCGAAAUUGAAGAAAACGGGAUAUCAGGCUGGCCUUGGGAGCGAUUAAUGUACAUUACGCUCUACAGUCCAGAUGAAAUUGAAGACUUCUUCAUGAGGAAGAUAACGGAGGGCAUUGGGGAGUCAGAGGCAAGUACGAGCUCCUCCUCCACAUCAUCGCUCACAUCAAAUGAGGAGGAUGAGGACAUGGAGGAAGAGGAGGAUGAAGACGAAGAAAUGACAGAAGACGAAGUAUCUUUAUACACUCGUAUCAUGAGUAGGCAAAUUAUGGAUAUAUAUAGAGGCAACAGCAUAGGCGAUGACAGCGAUGAUUCAGAUCUGGAUUUAGAGGAAUUAGCCGUUUUACGAGAGAGUGCACAGAAGCCUGUAGAAGCUGAUGUUGGUGUAGUGAAGCCACGCGUAAAGUACAUGGGACAUUGCAACAUUGAGACUAUCAAAGAUGUCGACUUUUUUGGGCCAAAUGACGAGUACAUUGUAUCAGGUAGUGAUGGUGGCUAUCUAUUUAUAUGGGACAAGAAGACAGCCAAAAUAUUACAAAUUUUACAAGCGGACCAAGAUAUUGUCAAUGUAGCAAAAGGGCAUCCCACUCUACCUAUUCUUGCAGUGUCAGGAAUCGAUUCAACUACCAAAAUAUUCACGCCCACCUCAAAACCUCAUACAACGCUCAAAAGCAAAGAGCCAAACAACCCAAACUCGUAUUCAGCAUCAUCUCACAUGUAUGAAGAGCAAGCUAUUGUUUCCUUGAACCGAGAGAAUACUCAAACCUUAGGCACAGAUAUUUAUAUCACGCGAAAUAUGAUUGCUGCCUUAUCUAGAAUUAGUAGGGUGCAUCGACUGAGAAGAAAUAGCGACGAAGAUGAGGAUGAGGAUGAAAAUGGAGAGAAUGAUGACGAACACUAUGAUAGUAACGGAGACGACAGCGAUGGUCCAAGUCGACUUUAUCGCAUGAUUGAAGAGGGAUUGCUUGACGAGGAUUUGUGA